AUGAGCGCCGCUGUCUUAGUUGUCGUCCUCUACAGCAUUUACUCAAUCUUUCGUCAGUAUGUUCGUCUAUGGCAUAUCAGAGGGCCCCCUGGUGCGGGAUUUUCCAAGUGGUGGCUCGUCCGCGCAACAUAUGGCGGAAGGCUGCAUCUCGACCUUUACGAGGCAUACAAAAGAUAUGGACCCAUUGUACGCGUUGGGCCGAAUGACCUUGUAACCAGUGACCCCGACCUGAUGAGGCGUAUGCUAUCUGUGCGCUCCAAAUACAAGCGUUCGAGUUGGUACGACGCCAUGAGACUCGACCCCGGCAAAGACAACGUUUUAUCCACAAGAAACGAGCAGGUACAUUCGCGGCUUCGGUUGCAGAUGGCUGCUGGAUACUCGGGCAAGGAAGUCGAAAACCUCGAAGCCAAGAUUGACGAGAACAUUCUUCGGCUCAUGGAUUUGAUUGACAAAUACAGUUCCCAAAACAAGCCCUUCGAUUUCGGUCUGAAGGCGCAGUAUCUCACCCUUGACAUCAUCUCGGAUAUCGCCUUUGGCAAGCCGUUCGGUGACGUUGCUACUGACUCUGACGUCCACGAAUACAUCCGCACGACAGAGAAGAACAUGCCGAAUGUCGUUUUAACGGCUAUUUUGCCUUGGCUGCUGGCACUCUUGUCGUCACCACUCUUCAGACGCCUCCUUCCAUCUGAAACGGAUGCGAUUGGAUUGGGGAAGAUGAUCAGGAUUGCAAGGGAAGUUGUGGCCGAACGUUUCGGUCCGGACAGGAAGAUCAAAAAUGACAUGCUUGGCUCUUUUAUCAAGCACGGUCUGACUAAGGAAGAAGCUUCGUCGGAACUUCUCAUGCAGAUCCUCGCUGGGUCUGACACAACAGCGACAGCUAUCCGCGCCACAUUCCUCUACGUUAUCACUAACCCUAGAGUCACGACCGGCCUUCGCGACGAAAUUAGGUCGACCAAACCCUCAUGGCCCGUUGUUACAGAGGCGGAAGCGCGCAAGAUGCCAUACCUACAAGCCACUAUCAAGGAAGGACUCCGUAUCUUUCCGCCCGUCGUCGGACAGAUGUCCAAGGAAGUCCCCAAGGGCGGGGAUACUUUCAAAGGUGUCUACCUACCAGAGGGCACCCGUAUCGGGUAUGGAGCAUGGGGGAUCUUCCACAACACUGACUUGUGGGGACCGGAUGCCGAAGAGUUCCGGCCGGAACGAUGGCUUGAGGCGAAAGCGGAGCACCUGAGACUAAUGGAAGGCACGCUAGAGCUCAUUUUCGGCCAUGGCAAGGGGAAGUGUCUGGGACGUAACGUAGCGAUGAUGGAACUGCAAAAGGUAUUCGUCGAGCUUUUGCGGAGAUAUGAGUUCAUACUGCUAAACCCAACUAAGCCAUGGAUAUCUCUAAACUACAGCCUCUUCGUGCAAUCGGAAUUUUAG